UCCUCCUCUCUCCACCCGGGCCGCAGGGGAAGGGGACGGACGGGUCACCCGGAGCAUGAAGCAGCAUGUCUGACAAAAUGUCCAGCUUCCUCUACAUCGGGGACAUCGUGUCCCUGUACGCGGAGGGCUCGGUCAACGGCUUCAUCAGCACCCUGGGGUUGGUGGACGACCGAUGUGUGGUGCACCCAGAGGCUGGGGACCUUGCUAACCCACCCAAGAAGUUCAGAGACUGCCUCUUCAAGGUGUGUCCUAUGAACCGCUACUCGGCCCAGAAGCAGUACUGGAAGGCGAAACAAGCGAAGCAGGGGACCCACACCGAGGCCGCCCUGCUCAAGAAGCUUCAGCACGCUGCAGAACUGGAACAGAAGCAGAACGAAUCAGAGAAUAAGAAACUCUUGGGAGAAAUUGUAAAAUACAGUAACGUGAUACAACUUCUACAUAUAAAGAGCAACAAGUACCUGACUGCCAACAAGAGGCUGCCUGCUUUGCUGGAGAAGAACGCCAUGCGCGUGUCCUUGGAUACUGCAGGGAACGAAGGGUCCUGGUUUUAUGUCCAUCCCUUCUGGAAGCUGAGGAGCGAGGGUGAUAAUAUCGUCGUGGGAGAUAAAGUUGUUCUGAUGCCCGUGAACGCGGGGCAGCCCCUGCAUGCCAGCAACAUCGAGCUCCUGGACAAUCCAGGCUGCAAGGAGGUAAAUGCUGUUAACUGCAACACUAGCUGGAAAAUAACCUUGUUCAUGAAGUUUAGCUCCUACCGAGACGAUGUGUUGAAAGCAGGUGACGUCAUUAGACUGUUUCACGCGGAACAAGAGAAGUUUCUGACUUGUGACGAAUAUGGGAAAAAACAGCACGUUUUCCUCCGGACGACCUUGCGCCAGUCAGCAACCUCUGCUACUAGUUCCAAGGCACUCUGGGAAAUAGAGGUGGUGCAUCACGACCCUUGCCGCGGUGGCGCCGGCCAGUGGAACAGCUUGUUCCGGUUCAAGCACCUGGCGACUGGGAACUACCUAGCAGCAGAGCUGAAUCCUGAUUAUCGAGAUGCCCAGACCGAAGGGAAAAAUGUGAGAGAUGGAGAGCUGCCGACAUCGAAGAAGAAGCGCCAGGCGGGAGAAAAGAUCAUGUACACCUUGGUCUCUGUCCCACAUGGAAAUGACAUUGCAUCCCUUUUUGAGCUUGAUGCCACCACCCUUCAGAGAGCUGACUGCCUGGUUCCAAGGAACUCCUAUGUUCGGCUAAGACAUUUGUGCACAAACACGUGGGUAACAAGUACUAACAUCCCCAUAGACAUGGACGAAGAGAGGCCUGUUAUGUUGAAGAUCGGAACGUGCCAGACCAAGGAGGACAGAGAAGCCUUUGCCAUCGUGUGUGUGCCGCUGUCGGAGGUCCGGGACUUGGACUUCGCCAACGACGCGAGCAAGGUGCUGGCGACCACCGUGGAGAAGCUGGAGAGCGGGGCCAUCACCCAGAACGAAAGAAGGUUUGUAACUAAACUGUUGGAAGAGCUCAUCUUCUUUGUUGCCGACGUGCCUAACAACGGACAGGAAGUUUUGGAUGUGGUCAUCACCAAGCCAAACCGUGAACGCCAGAAACUAAUGAGGGAACAAAACAUACUGGCCCAGGUUUUCGGGAUUCUCAAAACACCCUUCAAGGAGAAAGCCGGCGAGGGUGCCAUGCUGAGGCUCGAAGACCUGGGCGACCAGCGGUAUGCCCCCUACAAGUACAUGUUGCGCCUCUGCUACCGAGUGCUGCGUCACUCCCAGCAGGACUACCGGAAGAAUCAGGAGUAUAUUGCUAAGAAUUUCUGUGUCAUGCAAUCCCAGAUUGGCUAUGAUAUUUUGGCAGAAGAUACGAUCACAGCCUUGUUGCACAACAACAGAAAACUACUAGAGAAACAUAUCACAGCCAAAGAGAUAGAGACAUUUGUCAGCUUGCUCAGGAGGAACCGUGAGCCCAGAUUUCUGGAUUAUUUGUCUGAUCUGUGUGUGUCAAACACCACAGCGAUCCCUGUCACUCAAGAGCUCAUCUGCAAAUUCAUGCUGAGCCCUGGAAAUGCGGACAUCCUCAUUCAGACAAAGCUGGUAUCUAUGCAAAUGGAAAACCCCAUGGAGAGCUCCAUCCUUUCUGAUGACAUUGAAGAUGAGGAAGUUUGGCUCUAUUGGAUUGACAGCAACAAGGAACCUCAUGGCAAAGCCAUCAGACACCUCGCCCAGGAAGCCAAGGAAGGCACCAGAGCGGACCUGGAAGUUCUGACCUAUUACAGGUACCAGCUGACCCUCUUUGCAAGGAUGUGCUUGGAUCGCCAGUACCUGGCCAUAAACCAGAUCUCCACACAGCUUUCUGUGGAUCUGAUCCUGCGGUGUAUGUCAGACGAAAGCCUGCCCUUUGACCUCCGAGCUUCUUUCUGUCGCCUCAUGCUCCACAUGCACGUGGACCGGGACCCCCAGGAGCCUGUGGUUCCCGUCCGCUACGCCCGGCUCUGGACAGAAAUCCCUACGAAGAUCACGAUCCACGAAUAUGAUUCUAUAACAGACUCUUCCAGAAAUGAUAUGAAGAGGAAGUUUGCACUGACAAUGGAAUUUGUGGAAGAAUAUUUGAAGGAAGUUGUAAAUCAGCCUUUUCCUUUUGGUGACAAAGAAAAAAAUAAACUGACAUUUGAGGUGGUGCACCUGGCUCGGAAUCUUGUGUACUUUGGAUUUUACAGUUUCAGUGAGUUGGUGAGGCUGACGAGAACACUUCUGGCUAUCCUAGAUAUUGUCCAGGCUCCCAUGUCAUCUUACUUUGAAAGGUUAAGCAAGUUUCAAGAUGGAGGCAACAAUGUCAUGAGAACCAUCCACGGGGUGGGAGAGAUGAUGACCCACAUGGUUCUCAGCCGAGGCUCCAUCUUCCCGGUGAGCGGGCCGGACGUCCAGCCCAGCGCGCACCCCAGCAAGCAAGUGAACCCCGCUGAGCAUGAGGACGUCACCGUGAUGGACACCAAGCUCAAGAUUAUUGAGAUUUUACAGUUCAUCCUGAGCGUCAGGCUAGACUACAGGAUCUCCUACAUGCUGUCCAUAUACAAGAAGGAAUUCGGAGAGAGCGGCGAAGAUACCACCACCCUCAACGGCUCUCCAGACACUUUGCUCUCAUCAGCUAUUGUUCCUGAUAUAGACGAGAUUGCAGCACAGGCAGAAACCAUGUUUGCUGGAAGAAAGGAGAAAAACCCGGUUCAGCUGGACGACGAGGGCGGCCGGACGUUCCUGCGGGUCCUCAUCCACCUGAUCAUGCAUGACUACGCCCCGCUGCUGUCCGGGGCUCUGCAGCUGCUGUUCAAGCACUUCAGCCAGAGGGCCGAGGUGCUGCAAGCCUUCAAGCAGGUACAGUUACUGGUGUCCAACCAGGACGUAGAGAACUACAAGCAGAUCAAAGCCGACCUGGACCAGCUUCGGCUGACUGUGGAAAAAUCCGAGCUGUGGGUGGAGAAGAACAGCAGCUAUGAGCACGGAGACGUGGGCGAAAGUCAAGUAAAAGGAGGCGAAGAACCAAAUGAGGAAUCGCACAUGCUCAGCCCUGUGCAGGACGGGGCGAGGACCCCUCAGAUCGACAGCGUCAAGAGCAACAACUACGGGGUCGUCAAGGAGAUUUUGCUAAGGCUCAGCAAGCUCUGUGUGCAGAACAAGAAAUGUCGGAGUCAGCAUCAGCGGUUACUGAAGAACAUGGGCGCUCACUCCGUCGUGCUGGACCUCCUGCAAGUACCCUAUGAAAAGAGCGACGAGAAGAUGAGCGACGUGAUGAACCUGGCUCACACCUUCCUGCAGAAUUUCUGCCGGGGAAACCCACAGAACCAGGCUCUACUUCACAAGCACCUGAACUUGUUUUUAACUCCUGGCCUCCUGGAAGCAGAGACCAUGAGGCACAUCUUCUUCAACAAUUACCAUCUGUGUAGCGAGAUCAGCGAGAGAGUCGUUCAGCAUUUUGUGCACUGCAUCGAGACACACGGCCGCCACGUGGAAUACCUGCGGUUUUUACAAACCAUUGUGAAGGCAGAUGGGAAAUACGUGAAGAAAUGCCAGGAUAUGGUCAUGACAGAGCUGAUCAAUGGGGGUGAGGAUGUGCUGGUAUUUUACAACGACAGAGCAUCCUUUCCCAUCCUUCUCAACAUGAUGUGUUCAGAGAGAGCCCGGGGCGACGAGAGUGGUUCCUUAGCCUACCACAUCACCCUUGUCGAGCUGCUGGCAGCGUGCACAGAAGGCAAGAACGUCUACACCGAAAUCAAAUGCAAUUCCCUCCUGCCCCUGGACGACAUAGUGAGGGUGGUGACCCACCAUGACUGUAUCCCCGAGGUCAAGAUUGCCUAUGUGAACUUCGUUAAUCACUGCUACGUCGACACUGAGGUGGAGAUGAAAGAAAUCUACACAAGUAACCACAUUUGGAGAUUAUUCGAGAACUUCUUGGUGGACAUGGCAAGGGUGUGUAACACAACCACGGACAGGAAGCACGCCGACGUCUUCCUGGAGAAGUGUGUCACCGAGUCCGUCAUGAGCAUCGUGAGCGGCUUUUUCAACUCCCCGUUUUCAGACAACAGCACCAGCCUCCAGAGCCACCAGCCCAUCUUCAUCCAGCUGCUGCAGUCCGCCUUCAGAAUUUACAACUGCACCUGGCCCAACCCCGCGCAGAAGUCGUCCGUGGAAUCCUGUAUCAGGACGCUGGCCGAAGUGGCAAAAAAUCGUGGAAUUGCCAUUCCGGUGGACCUGGACAGCCAAGUCAACACCUUGUUCAUGAAGAGCCACUCAAACAUGGUGCAAAGAGCAGCCAUGGGCUGGAGGCUCUCAGCUCGCUCAGGACCACGCUUUAAGGAAGUGCUCGGAGGGCCUGCGUGGGAUUAUAGAAAUAUUAUUGAAAAGCUGCAGGAUGUGGUCUCCUCCCUGGAGCAUCAGUUCAGUCCCAUGAUGCAGGCUGAGUUCUCAGUGCUGGUCGAUGUUCUGUACAGUCCCGAGCUGCUGUUCCCUGAGGGAAGUGACGCCAGAAUAAGAUGUGGUGCAUUCAUGUCAAAGUUGAUUAAUCACACAAAGAAACUCAUGGAGAAAGAAGAAAAGCUGUGCAUCAGAAUUCUCCAGACUUUACGAGAAAUGCUAGAGAAGAGAGACAGCUUUGUGGAGGAGGGCAGCACAUUAAGAAGAAUCCUCCUGAACCGGUAUUUCAAAGGUGACUAUGGAGCUGGCGUGAACGGACAUCUGUCAGGAACCUACUCCAAGGCUGCUCCAGUGGGAGGGAGCUUUUCUGGACAGGACUUGGAGAAGACGGGGAUCUCCAUGUCCGACGUCCAGUGUCUGCUGGAUAAGGAAGGGGCGUCGGAACUCGUCAUUGACGUCAUCGUCAACACCAAGAACGACAGGAUUUUCUCAGAGGGCAUCUUCCUGGGCAUUGCCUUGCUGGAAGGGGGAAACACGCAAACCCAGUAUUCUUUCUACCAACAGCUACAUGAGCAAAAAAAGUCAGAGAAAUUCUUCAAAGUUCUCUAUGAUCGAAUGAAGUCUGCUCAGAAAGAGGUAAGAUCCACGGUGACAGUUAACACCGUUGACUUGGAAAGCAAGAAGAGAGAGGAAGACGGCGACCUCACAUCUGGUCUGCGCACGAGAGCGAGAGACUCGCCGCUGCAUUUGAGGGAGGGCAUGAAAGGGCAGUUAUCACAGGCUUCCUCUGCAACCUCCAAAGCGUACUGUGUGUACCGAAGAGAGAUGGACCCCGAAGUGGACGUGAUGUGCCCGGGACCAGAAGCAGGAGGCUCCGAGGAGAGGUCCGCCGAGGAGGUGACCAUGAGCCCCACCAUCGCCAUCAUGCGGCCCAUCCUGCGCUUUCUGCAGUUACUGUGCGAGAAUCACAACCGCGAGCUUCAGAACUUCUUGAGAAACCAGAACAACAAAACAAAUUACAACCUUGUCUGUGAGACCCUUCAGUUUCUGGACUGUAUCUGCGGGAGCACAACGGGUGGCCUGGGCCUGCUGGGGCUGUACAUCAACGAGAAGAACGUGGCGCUGGUCAACCAGACGCUGGAGAGCCUGACCGAGUACUGUCAAGGGCCCUGCCAUGAAAACCAGACCUGCAUUGCUACUCAUGAAUCGAAUGGGAUUGAUAUCAUCAUUGCUCUGAUUCUGAAUGACAUCAACCCUCUGGGCAAGUACCGGAUGGACCUGGUGCUGCAACUGAAGAACAAUGCCUCUAAGCUCCUGUUGGCCGUCAUGGAGAGCAGACAUGACAGCGAGAAUGCAGAGCGGAUUCUUUUCAACAUGAGGCCCAGGGAACUGGUGGAUGUGAUGAAAAGUGCCUAUGACCAGGGACGAGAGAGUGACCACCGGGAAGAGGAGGGUGGAGAUGACGGCGUCUCCCCAAAGGAUGUCGGACACAACAUCUACAUUCUGGCCCAUCAGCUGGCCCGCCACAACAAAGCACUGCAGCAGAUGCUCAGGCCGGGAUCGGAUCCGGAGGAGGGCGACGAGGCUUUGAUGUACUACGCCAACCACACGGCGCAGAUUGAGAUUGUUCGGCAUGACAGAACCAUGGAGCAAAUUGUCUUUCCUGUCCCCAACAUCUGCGAGUUCCUCACGCGGGAGUCUAAGUGCCGCGUGUUCAACACCACGGAGCGGGAUGAGCAGGGGAGUAAAGUGAACGACUUCUUCCAGCAAACAGAGGACCUCUACAGCGAGAUGAAGUGGCAGAAAAAAAUCAGGAACAACCCCGCCCUGUUCUGGUUCUCCCGCCACAUCUCGCUGUGGGGAAGCAUCUCCUUCAACCUGGCCGUGUUCAUCAACCUGGCGGUGGCUCUCUUCUACCCGUUUGGCGAUGACGGCGAUGAAGGUACCCUGUCUCCAUUGUUCUCCAUCCUUCUGUGGAUAGCAGUGGCGAUCUGCACAUCCAUGCUGUUUUUCUUCUCCAAGCCUGUGGGCAUCCGGCCAUUUCUUGUGUCUGUCAUGCUCCGAUCCAUAUACACCAUAGGUCUUGGGCCAACUUUAAUACUUCUGGGUGCUGCUAAUCUCUGUAAUAAGGUCGUCUUCCUGGUGAGUUUCGUGGGGAACCGAGGCACGUUUACCCGAGGGUACCGGGCUGUCAUCCUGGACAUGGCCUUCCUCUAUCACGUGGCCUACGUGCUGGUCUGCACUCUGGGUCUCUUCGCGCACGAGUUCUUCUACGGCUUCCUGCUUUUUGAUUUGGUGUACAGAGAAGAGACCCUGCUUAAUGUCAUCAAAAGCGUCACACGGAACGGCCGCUCUAUUAUCCUGACGGCAGUGCUGGCUCUCAUCCUGGUAUACCUGUUCUCUAUCGUCGGCUUCCUGUUUCUAAAGGAUGACUUCACCAUGGAGGUGGACAGGCUGAAGCACAGGACUCCAGCGACAGCUGGUGAAGCGAGUGAAGACGGGAUUGAAAGGACGUGCGACACCCUGCUUAUGUGUAUUGUGACUGUGCUGAACCAGGGCCUCAGGAACGGAGGCGGUGUGGGCGACGUGCUGAGAAGGCCGUCCAAAGAUGAGCCCUUGUUUGCUGCCCGAGUGGUCUAUGACCUGCUUUUCUUUUUCAUUGUUAUCAUUAUCGUUCUUAACUUGAUUUUUGGCGUCAUCAUUGAUACUUUUGCUGACCUCAGAAGUGAGAAGCAAAAAAAAGAAGAAAUUCUCAAGACAACCUGUUUUAUCUGUGGCCUGGAGAGGGACAAGUUUGAUAAUAAAACUGUCUCCUUUGAGGAGCACAUCAAGUCCGAGCACAACGUGUGGCAUUAUUUGUACUUCAUUGUGUUGGUGAAGGUCAAAGACCCGACAGAGUACACGGGGCCCGAGAGCUACGUGGCGCAGAUGAUCGUGGAGAAGAAUCUGGACUGGUUUCCUCGGAUGCGGGCCAUGUCGCUCGUCAGCAACGAGGGUGACAGCGAGCAAAAUGAGAUCCGGAGCCUGCAGGAGAAGCUGGAAUCAACGAUGAGCCUGGUCCGACAGCUGUCGGGGCAGCUGGCAGAACUGAAGGAACAGAUGACAGAACAAAGAAAGAACAAGCAAAGGCUGGGCUUCCUGGGAUCAAACACAACCCAUGUGAACCAUCACAUGGCCCCACACUGACACCACGGGAGCGGCCGUGACCAGCCUUUCAUAGCAUGCUGCAUCACUGCCGAAGGAAGGGCGGGCGGAGGGAGCAAACAGUGCCUAUUGUUGAACACUUCAAAACAACCAAGUACCAAGACGCCGAGAACAAUCUGACUGUGUUUCCCUGCUCCAGAAGACCCGAGCUGGGGUCAGCACAUACACACAUUCUCAGUGCAGCGGGAUGCCAGGAGCCCGCCGCGGGGUUGGACAGGGUGGGAGAGGCGGCCCAGCCUCCCCGUGCUCCCGGGGCUCGGGAAUGAUCGGUCUUCUCUCCGUGCCCACUGCCUCCUCCAGCAUGGCUUGCCCGCGUUUGUUUCUCUGCGCUGUGGCACACAGGCCAGUGAGACAGGAAGCUGUACUUUGGUGGCCAUUCUUACAAGGGAAUGACAAAAACGAUUCAAAAUGAGUUGAAAACUACAUAUAUACAUAUAUGA